AUGGAUUGUUCCAUAUUCUCUACUUCAACGAAGCUUUUGUUUUUCCGUCCGUCCUUGUUGUCUAUCAUCUUGUUUUUCAUGUGUCUUAAUAUAGUCCAUGGCACUGCAACUGAGUUCGUUUAUGGCGGUCACUGUGAUUCAGUUGUUCCUGACUCGGAAGUAGUUGAUGAGGAGUUCAAUAUCUUACCGUUUCCUGGACUUCAAAACGGUUACUACAGUGGCGGGGAUAAUGUCCUGAAUCGUAGCUCGGAUGGGUAUUAUUAUCCACCGGCAUCGAAAGUACUCGUUUUCGAAACUCACCAUGUUUAUACGACUCGUGUCGAGGAUGUCUUCAAGGUGGAAGGAAACCUGAUCUUCCAAAGCUCGUACUACUACGAACAGAGUUUCACCAAUCAUGGGAGGUACUCCUAUUCGUAUUCGAGUGAUUCAAGUGCUCGUGGAACUCUGGACUUCGAUUUUCAUGGCUUCUGGUCGAGAACGACCGGGAAGCUUUGCAUGGUGGGAUCGGGUUAUGCUUACUCCAAGGAAGGUGAAGUGCUUCAUCUUAGAGCUGUUCUCAAGUUGAACAACGUUAAGGAUUCAAGUGAUAUCAAUACUUUAAUCACUGGAACCAUGGAUAGCUUGUAUCCUGCCGACAAUCCGAAUUAUGUCGAUCCGAUAUCGGUGUUGAUGUUUCCUCAAGGAGGCUACAGAUACAAGAAGGUUUUGAAAAACUUUAAUCAAGGUUGUCCUGGUGGAAUUGAUGUCCCAGAGAAGUCAUCUCUCAGCUUAUCAAGGACUAGACAUGUCUGUGAUAUGUUCUCGGUUCAAGAUAAUGCUUUCGAACUCGAGUAUUCGAGUGGUUGUGGUUCAUCAAAGAGUUGCAGUCCCCUUGGUGACGACCUUGGAUAUUCGCCCCAGUUGAUGUAUUUGAGCAUGAUUCAGUGCUCGGAUGAUAAGCUAAGAUUGAGGUUUCUGAUAGAAUUUCCUGAUGAUAAUACCUAUAUGAGGUAUUCUAGAUCUUCCAAUUUCAGUACUUCAUUGAUUGGAGAAGGAUCUUGGGAUUCAAAGCGGAAUCAGCUUUGUAUCGUUGCUUGUCGAAUCGAGAAUGCGUCGAGCAGCUCGUUGGAGAAGUUUCAUGUUGGAGACUGCAGCACAAGGUUGAACUUAAGAUUCCCUGCAAUCUUGUCUAUCAGAAACACAAGUACUCUUGUAGGUGAAAUUUGGAGUGAGAAGGCUAGGAAUGAAUCCGGUUUCUUCGAUCGGAUCGUGUUCCGUGACACCGAGAAUAACAGGGGGCGAAUUCAGCUUCAAGGAUUGAAGUAUGAAUACAUGGAAACUGACCAAGUAAAGAAGUCAUGUCCAAAGAAGAGUAUCAAUGGGAACAGCAGUAGACAGUACCCGGAUGGUUAUUCUGCAGACAUGGCUUUUAGUAUGACAAUCAAAGGUCCUAAAGGAAUAUUCGGAUGGGGUUCGUCGAGUCCUCUUGCGGUUGGGGAUCAUCCUCAUCAGAUGUUUCCCUUUCUAAUACCAUCCUCAAGCUCAAGGCCUAAAAGUUCUCAUGCUGGUGUCAGCUUGCUUAAUAUCAGCUAUGAGAUGAGAAUCGACGUAUCUCGUUCGGAAUUGUUUCCCGGCCUCGAUCCUUUUAAUCAAUCUUCAAAUGGAUAUCUGAAGAUCCAUAUUUCCGCUGAAGGAUUUUAUGAUGCUGAUACAGGUAAUCUGUGCAUGGUUGGCUGCAGACGUUUGGGGUUACACAACAAAUCAACAGACUGUGAUAUAGUCGUAGAUGUCCAUUUUCCUCCAUUGAACUCAGACAGGAAAGGCAGUAAAAUCAAGGGAAGCAUCAAGAGCACUCGCAAGAAAACCGAUUAUCUGCACUUAGAACCUCUGGAGUUUUCAGGAAGAGCUUAUUAUAGCAGUUGGGCAGCGGAAUCGAUUUGGAGAAUGGAUUUCGAGAUGGUCAUGUCUGUCAUAUCCAAUACUCUUGCUAUUGUCUUUGUAGUACUUCAAAUCAUUCAUGUGAAGAGGCACCCUGGAGUUUGUCCUUCGGUUUCACUUCUCACGCUUGUUAUUCUAUCCCUAGGAUACUUAAUCCCUUUGGUUCUAAAUCUUGAAGCGAUGUUCAAUCAAGAUAGCGAACAAUCGGUCUGGGUGAGAAGCGGAAUAUGGCUAUAG